UUUUAUCGGCUUGAAAAAUUUGAAAUUGGUCCACAAAUAAAUAAAAUAAAUUACAUAAAAAGCAUACGGUCGAAAAUUAUUGUACUUUUCGAUUUACAAAUAAAAACCCCAUCACAUUUCAAAAUGUUUUGUCAUAGCAUUUAUAUCAUAGAAAAAAGUUUAUUUACACAUUUGAAAUCAUGUGAUUCAUGUGAAAUUUGUAAUGAAAAUUAUGAAACUGUAUGCAUUCUGGGUACGUCAUGAAUUGUUUUAAAUCCAUUAAAUUUUCUCGAAGACUCUAUUGUUCAUUGAAGGCUGCACAAAAAAUUGGAGAGUAUGAUGUAGCCAUCGUUGGUGGAGGAAUCAUAGGUACAUCCACAGCAAGAGAAUUAUUAUUAGCCUAUCCAAAACUGAGAGUUGUUCUGCUGGAAAAAGAGAAAGAACUUGGUCUUCAUCAAACGGCAAAUAAUAGCGGAGUAAUACAUGCAGGAAUUUAUUAUAAACCUGGAUCUUUGAAAGCAAAAUUAUGUGUACAAGGUAGCAAACUUACUAUGGACCAUUGUGAUAAGAAAAAAAUCCCAUACAAAAAAGUUGGUAAGCUAAUUGUUGCAACUGAUGAAGAAGAAGUUAAGUAUCUGAAAGUAUUAUACGAAAGGGGACUUAGCAAUGGUGUACAAGGGUUGGAAUUCAUAGAUACCCAAGAAAAGAUACAUGAAAGAGAACCAGAAUGUAGAGGUUUGAAAGCUAUUUGGUCUCCAAACACGGCAAUAGUUGAUUACAAACAUCUUGCGAAAUCUCACGCAGAUGAUUUUCACGAUGGAGGUGGAGAAAUAAGGUUACGUGCAAAGGUGGCUAAAAUAGAAGAAUCAGGGAGGUCGGAUUUUCCAGUUAGAGUUGUUGAUAGUAAAGAUCAUACUUUGGUGGCUAAAUAUGUACUGACUUGUGCAGGACUGUAUUCUGAUAAGAUAUCUAUGUUAACUGGUUGUCCUAGGAAUCCAAGAAUUGUACCUUUCAGGGGUGAAUAUUUACUGUUGAAGCCUUCAAAGAGAAAAAUGGUGAAAUGCAAUAUUUAUCCUGUUCCAAAUCCUAAGCUACCAUUUUUGGGAGUACAUUUCACGCCACGAAUGGAUGGAAAUGUGUGGUUAGGACCUAAUGCAGUUUUAGCUUUCCAGAGAGAGGGCUAUAGUUACUUCGAUAUAAACCCCUUGGAGCUCAUUGAUGCCCUUACAUAUUCCGGAUUUAUCACACUUUGUCUAAAAAACUUGAGAUAUGGAAUGGGUGAAAUGCUGCGAUCGAUAAUUUGGCCCUUACAAGUUAAACAGUUACAAAAAUACCUGCCAAGUAUAACGAGCGAAGACUGCGAAAGAGGUCCAGCGGGAGUUAGAGCUCAGGCCUUAGCUCCCGAUGGUUCAUUAUUGGAAGAUUUCUAUUUUGACAAGAGUAAAAUGGGUAACUUGAAAGAUAGAGUUUUACAUUGCAGAAACUGUCCUAGUCCUGGUGCUACGAGUUCAAUGGCGAUAGCUAAAAUGCUCGUAGAAAAAAUGGGUAAAGAGUUUGGUUUAGAAAAAAUCCACGAGGAAAUUAAAACCAAAUUGAAACAAUGAACAAAGUAUGUGAACAGGUGAGAGAUAAGAGAGAAUAAAUUGAAAAGAUUCAAGAAAUAACAUCUUAUUUUUAAAAUUUUACGAACAUAUUGAACUUAUUCUAUCUCUAUUCCAAUUAAAUGUAAAUAAAUAUAUUUUGUACAUUUU